AAAAACAAACAAGGGGGUGCCUUAUAAAUCUCCCAGCGAUUCAUCGCCUCCUUUCGUUCUCGAACGACAAAGCACUCUUUCGAUCGGAACAGAUACAAAGAGGGGGAGCGAGAGGGGGAGGGGCUCCAUCUCUUCUUUGUUCCAUGCACAUUCCCUCUCAAUGCAGCCUCUCUCCCCGUCUUCGUUCCUCUGCCCUGAGUCUCCCUAUGACGUGGCAUCUUGGGACUCCGACGAGUGGGCCCCGCUCGAGACCGCCGCCGGCGAGUCUCCUAUCUCCCUCCUCCUCGCCGACGAGGCCGAGCUCAUGCCCAUUACUCAAUCCCUCCCUCCAAACCCCAUUGCUCGUCUGAACGCCGUCAAUUGGAUCCUAAAUGUUAACGAGUUCUACCGGUUUAGACCCGCGACGGCGUUCCUCGCCGUCAACUACCUCGACCGCUUUCUCUCUUCUCGCCCUCUACCCGGGCAAAACGGUGAAAGUGGGGGCUGGCCGAUGCAACUGCUGGCGGUGGCGUGCGUGUCGGUGGCGGCCAAGAUGGAGGAAACGCACGUGCCUCUCUUAUUGGAUCUGCAGAUUUUGGAUCCGAAAUUUGUAUUCGAAUCCAAAACCAUUAUGAGAAUGGAGCUUCUCCUAAUGUCGGCGCUCAAGUGGAGAAUGCGCUCCGUCACGCCCUUCGAUUUCGUUGCCCAUUUCGUCGAUUCGAUGAAACCCGAAAUUUUCGGCCGUUCACGUGCAGGUUUGAUCUCACGUGUCGCCGAUUUAGUCCUCAGAACUUGCCGCGUGGUGGAAUUUUCGGGGUGUCGGCCAUCGGAGAUUGCGGCGGCGGCGAUAAUUCGCGCCGCGAAAGAUAUUCCCGAUAUUUCGGACGGUGAAAGCACUGAUUUAUUGAAAUUAUUAAAACCGUGGGUUAAUGAGGAAAGUCUGAAUACAUGUCUGAAAUUAUUACAAGAUUCUUCGGUUGAAAAGCCGCUUCAAGAGCCCACGACACCUCAGAGCCCCAUAGGGGUAAUUGACGCUGCGGCCUGUCGGAGUUCCGAGAGCCAAAGGUCCUCGGCGGCGGCAACACCGCCCUUAAAGCGUCGCCGGCUUGACGAGAGCCUAUGUAUAGAAAGCAAAAAUGGUGUCACUAAAAGUCUUUAGAGAGAGAGAGAGAGGACUAGUAAUUGUUGUUUAGUCUUUUAGUUAUUAUUAUGACGGUAAAAUAGUUUAAAUAGAACUUAUUUUUGUAAUUUUGCUUGUGUAUUAUUAUUCACUUUCAGUUAGUCUGUCUAUUUUUGUAACAAUAAGUUUUGGAAGGGAGGAACCAACAUUAUUACGUCAUUUAACAUAUAUUUGUUCUUCAUGCAAUAAA